CGUAUCAUAUCACUAAGCUGCCCAUUGGUCGGUGGUAAUAGGUUAAACUGAGGAUCGUAUUUUUGUUCCUGUGUCAACGAAAAGAAGAAAAGAAGAGUAGCCAGUGAGACCCGGCUAAAUUCUCAUCAAAGAUAGUUUUUUUUCAAACAUUAAGUAAAGGACUCUUCAAAUCUCAAACCAGCCAAACAUCCAACGCCUUAGGAAAACCCCUUUUGAAGAUGAACUCCAAUGUGGAGAAUUUGCCUCCUCAUGUUCUUCGCUUGGUCUACAAAGAGGUUUCAGCUUUAGCAGCAGACCCGCCUGAGGGUAUCAAGAUUUACCCCAGUGAGGAAGACAUAACUGAGCUACAUACAGCCAUCGAAGGACCGGAGGGAACUCCGUUUGCUGGUGGCGUUUUCCGAAUGCGUCUGGUCCUCGGGAAGGACUUCCCUGCGGUUCCACCCAAGGGGUAUUUCCUGACUAAGAUUUUUCACCCCAAUGUGGGUCACAAGGGAGAGAUCUGUGUCAAUGUGUUGAAGAGGGACUGGAAGGCAGAACUCGGCCUCAGACAUGUCUUACUUACAAUCAAGUGUCUUCUCAUCCAUCCGAAUCCAGAGUCUGCUCUGAACGAAGAGGCCGGGCGUUUGCUGUUAGAGGACUAUGCAGAAUAUGAGUCCCGAGCUCGUCUGCUCACAGAGAUCCACGCCAUGGGGGGGCACGGCGGGACCUCUGGGGCACCUCAGGACCCUAAUGACGGCCCACAGCCGAAGAAGCAUGCAGGCGACCCCAUGAAGAGAGCGGGACCCAGUGCAGCAGCUGUGCCAGCAGCUCUGGGUAACGGAGCUAAUGGAGCCAGUACCACCACCAGCAAUAGCAACAGCAGUAGCACUAAUAAUGUAGCAGGGAAAAAGAAAGCCGAUAAAAAGCGUGCAUUGAGGCGACUUUAAUACCUCAGCUAAAUUCUGUGUGUGUGAGUGCGAGAAUGUGUAAAUAUAAAUAUUGAAGUGUGCUGACAAUGUUUUUGUUCCCUUUUUCUGACUUUCUACCACCUAUCCAGACUGUCCACAACUUGUGUCUUGCCACCAGUUUGUCCUGUUGGCAUUACAGGUUUGUUAAUUAUUUCCAUACCUAAAGACAUAAUGAUAAAAUGUUUGUUCCUCUUUUAAAGGAAAGACAACACCUUCACUGCAGAAAUCAUGCCAUCUGUUGUAUUUUGCUCUUGGCCUAGUGUGUAUGAAUUAUACAGGGAAUGGGUUUCACUGUGCAAAACAUGGCCUCUGUCUGUCCACUAAUGAGACAAAACUAUUAUUGUCUCAGACUUGAUAUCAGCUCUUUUUAAAGUGUUUCUUGGCAAAUGCUGCUGUGAUGGUACUGUGUACUGCUCAGCCAGGCUCACUUAUGAGUCCAAACCAGGAUGUUACUUUAAUUAAAGUCAGGUUUUCAAAUUGAACUCAAAGGAAAUAAUAAAGAAGUUGCUAAAUAAUUGUGCACAAAGUCGGUGGGUUCACUUUUGGGAGAGAAAUAUUGUCAAUAUCACGCAAAAUUGUAACAUCUUUUUAAAUAGUAUUUUUUCAUAUUGUGAA